AUGGCCUCCAAUAUCCUCCAGCUGCCUUUUCGGCGCACCCACACCGUUUCCCUCUCCGAUGCCAUCACGCAGUACAUCUCUUCCAAAUAUGACCAGCGCCCGGACAUGUUCGCAGACGAUCUUAUGGUCCUCGAUCGCCUGCGAACGGAGGCCGUCAAUGUGCAGGAACCUCAUGUCAGCGGGAUCAGCAGGCUGGUGACUUAUGCCGCGCAGUUGAAGUGGUUAGGCGGAAAGUUCCCAGUCGAUGUCGGUGUGGACUUCGCCUGGUAUCCUGCUUCGGUUUUAAUACAUCGAGGCCGAAAUAAUCUUCGUUUCGAAAUUGCAAACAUCCUCUUCAACCUAGCCGCCCUCUACUCCCAGCUCGCAUACUCCCUAAACCGAACGACAUCCGACGGGCUCAAGCAGGCAUGCAAUUACUUCUGCCAAGGAGCGGGUGUCCUCGCGCACCUACGCAAAGAUAUUAUCCCCGACCUCCGCUCCUGUCCUCCCGAAGAUAUGGAUGAGAUGACUUUGCAGAGUCUGGAAGAGCUCUUGCUUGCGCAGGCGCAAGAAUGCUUCUGGCAGAAGGCAGUCAAGGACGGCCUUAAGGACGCUUCGAUUGCUCGACUGGCCGCCAAGGUCUGCGAUUUCUAUGCGUCAGCUGGCGACUAUGCUGUCAAGUCAAACGCCAUCAGCACCGACUGGAUCCAUCACAUGACAGCCAAGCAUUAUCAUUUCGCGGCUGCGGCGCAGUAUCGGCAGUCGCUAGACUGCUUGGAGAAACGGAAGUAUGGCGAAGAGGUGGCGCGAUUACGGGACAGCCUACAGUGUGUGAAUGAAGCUCUCAAAGAGUCGAAAUGGAUCAACCGUGUUGUGCUGGGCGACUUGAAUGGGCUCAAGAACCGCGUCACCGAGGACCUGAAACGAGCUGAGAAGGAUAAUGAUAUCAUCUACCUGAAUCCUGUUCCGCCAAAGUCCGAGCUGAAGUCCAUCGAUCGCGCAUGCAUGGUAGCUGCAAAAGCUCCGGUCCAGGUGACGGAUGCUAUAUCCAUGCUUGGAGAGAAUGGACCACUUGGUCAGCCGCUCCUUGCCAAGUUGGUCCCUUACGCUGUCCACGUCGCGGCAAGUAUCUAUUCGGACCGUCGUGACCGGUUGGUGAACGAGAACAUCAUUGGAGAGCUGGAGUCAAUGACGGACAAACUCAGGGAUCUUCUACAGUCCUUGAAUUUGCCCGGCUCCCUGCAAGCCUUGGAAAAACCCCUUGGUCUGCCAUCCACUCUCGUAUCCCAUGCGGAGGAAGUACGCCAGCAGGAUGGGUUAAAUCGCUUGCGGCGGUCUUUGGAGGAUAUAGCCAAAAUCAAGGCUAACGAUAAGGCCAUCUAUACGGAGGGUGUGGAUCUUUUGUCUGCUGAAAAGGAAGAAGACGAUCGGGCUCGUACAAAGUAUGGGACGGACCGUUGGACGAGAGAGCCUUCAGAAGUUGCCGGGCAGAAGAUCUAUGCGACCGCGGGUGAGAUCAACGGCUACUUCACCUCUGCGCAGAGCUCUGACGAGCUCGUCCAGGAAAAAUUGCGAAACGCGGAGCCAGUGCUUAGGGUACUCACGGGGACCAAUCGAGAUUUAGAGGCUCGCUCACCUAUUUCUCCAGACCCGGCAUUGCUCAAAGAGACAGCCCGUCUCGAGCGAGAAUUUCCCAUGCAACCAAUUGAAGCAAGUCAGUUUGAGAGUCUCUUCGAGGAGCAUUUGCACCUGUAUGACUCGGAUUUGGAGAUGUUGGCGCAGGAGCGGGACGAACAGGAACAGAUUGCGGCGCAAGUGCAGGAAGCGAAUCGAGCCUUUGUCAAGGCCCGAAAGGGCGACUCCUCGACCAAGGAACGUGAGAAGGCAUUGCAAGAGCUGGAGAACGGGUAUUCGAAAUACAAAGAGCUCAUCUCCAACAUCGAAGUCGGGAGGAAGUUCUAUAACGACCUGGCCAAGAUUGUUGUGAGAUUCAGGGACGACUGCAAGGCCUUUGUGCAACAACGGCGCAUGGAGGCGAGCCAGCUAGAAAAUGAUAUCACCAGCGCCGCUGCGAUGGCCUCGCUGAACAUCUCACGUCGCUCUUCGUACCAGCAGCCAACAGCAGCAGCAACGACAACAGCAGCAACCCAUCAUCCUUCCCCAUAUACUCAGGCACCGGCUCCUCCUCCUCCCGCUGCUCCCCAACCCCAGGUCCAACCCCAACAACCGACGCCGCAGCCACAGCCGCAAACUCAGCCUCAAGUCCCUCCUCCUCGAAACGCCCAGGAACCUCUGAAAGCACCGCAGCCGACCCGAGCCAAUAUGGCACCUCCACCAGUCGCAUCGGCAGGGAUCUGGUCCCCGGAAAUGGGGAUCCGGUUUGCAGGACCGCAACCGACGCCCAGCGCACCGCAAGGUCAGGGUCGGGGUCAAGGUCAAGGCCAGGGCCCGGGCCCGACAGCACCAGGGACACCAGGGAUAUGGGAUCCUACCCGUGGAGUCCGAUUUUCGUGA